AUGGCCUCGCACCACCACCACCUCAGCCACCGCCCCACCGCCGCGAGCUUUUGCUGCUGUUGCCCUCCCUACCCGCCGUGCCACCACCAUCCCCCGCCGCCGCCGCUGCCGCCUGAUUGCCACCCAAUUUACCACCAUCCUCCCCAACCCCACCUCUAUCCCGCCCAAACCCCAAUCUCCGAUUCGCAUCAGCACCGGCCCAGUUUUCGAGAGCUUUAUUACGACGAAGAGAGAGAGACUCAACACACCAUCGCCUCCCUCCUCCGCCGAAUCGCCGCCCUGGAAUCCGCCCUCCGCGGCCGCACCUCCUCCUCGGCGUACUAUCUCCGCGACGCCGCUGCUCGCACCAUCCAGGCUCACUUUCGAGCCUUCCUUCUACGCAGAUCGAGGACUCUUCGGCAGCUCAAGGACCUCGCUUCCAUCAAGUCUUCGCUCGGCGUUCUCAAAUCAUCAGUCACCAAGCAAAUCCUGUUCGAUUACGACCUAAUGUAUCACCAGGCCAUGGAAUUGGCUCGAAAACUUGAUACUGUUCAGGGUGGUGAUCCAAUGAUUCAAGAUGGGAAAAAUUUAGUGAAGAGAGAAUUAGUUAAAUUUAUGGAUUUUAUGGACGGAUUUUAUAUCGAGCGGGUGAGCUCUUCGAGUGGAGUGAACAUGAGAUACAAACAGAGUAAUUCAAGAAUUAGGGUUCCCAAUGGUAAAAGAGAAAUGGGAAAUUUGAAAUCCGGGAGUGCGAAAAAUGUUACCAUGGAGAAAUUGAGGGGGCUUGUUGAAAGAAUUGAAAAAAUAAAAGAGGAGCUUGAUGAGGACGAGGAAAACAGUGUUAUUGAUGGCUCUGAUGUCUUUGUGCAAAACCAUUGUGUCUCUGGCAUCAAUAACAUGAAUUUAGCUAAUCAAUAUUAUAGGGCUCGACCCAAAUUGAAAAAAAGCGUGAGUUUUGCCGAUGAUGGGGAGAUUUGUAGGGUGCUAAACAGAAAUUCGGAGUCCAUUUUAGAGGAUAAUGAUGAUGAUAAUGGUGAUAGUGUUGGUCUGGUUAGAAGAGAUUUCGAGAAUGGUGAUGUUGGUAGAGAAGUUGAAGAAAAUGAGGUUUUAUCAAAGGAAGAUGAUGAUGGUGAAGAAGAUGAAGUGGAAGCUCACUUGGAAAAUCUUAGGAAUGAAUGUAUUAUGCAGAGGAAGAUGUACAAGCAAGGUGAAGAUGAUGGUAUCGAUUUUUCAGUUCCGUUGCCUUUAAAGAUGGAAAAAGGAGCCAACUUUAUUGACAAGAGGAAGAAAUUGACUCUUGAUUUAUAG